GAUUCACGAGGUCCCUGACCAUCUGUUCAUCAGUGCUCUGUUCAUCAACACCAAGGGAGGAUGUCAGAUCUGGCUCAGCCAUAUGGCAACCAUCCACGGCGUCCAGGUUUCAGACCUGUACAAGGUCUCCUGGGAAGAUAUGACAAAGGAAUGGAAGAAGCGGUUCAUCGUCGACGACGCCCCGGCACUCGCCAUCAACCGCAUCUUCACGAUGGCUCAAGGGAGCACACCGACACGUGACUGGCUCACGGAUUGGCAGAAGAUCGUGGCAACGCCCGAUUUGGACUUGCCAUUCCCGCAUCUGCGGCGUGAGUUCUACAACAGGUCAUGCGCCGCCCUCAGCCUCGCACUUGGUGAUCGCGAGCAGUACAACACUUUCGCGGAGAUAAUCAACAAGGCGAGAGAGCUCAUCAAGACCAACAGGGCGGCUGCGCACUUGAAGUCAAAAUGGCAGCCAACCUAUGUGGAGAAGGUAAGAACUGGUCCGCGACAGCAGCAGUUCGCUGCAGUCCAGUCGGACAGUGGAGAUAACCCAGCAGCCACUCCAGCAUCAAGUGACGGAGAUCAGGUGGCCGUUGUCCAGCCGCGAAGCAACAACAAGUCCCACAACAAUGGGAAGGCGAAAUCUGCAUCGCAGGCCGCCAGUACAAGUUCCAUGGGUCAAGUUCGGCUUGACCGAGGCGGAGUACAAGGUCCACGGCCGCUACGACAGCUGCUAUUGGUGCAACAACACCAAGCACAAGACCUCCCUGUGCCAGGAUCAGGGCAAGGAGGAUUACCAGCUCCGUUGAUGGGCGCCGGAGCAGAGGUUGUCGACCUUCACGCUUACAUCGCAAAGAUCGACCGCGAGUUCAAGACGCAACGGUACGACGACAUCGCCCCACCAUUGCUCUACGUACGCAUUCAGAUCGGAGAGGCGACCUGCAGUGGCUUGAUCGAUUGCGGAGCAUCUCGCAACUACAUCAGCCAGGACUUCAUGGUGCGCGUCGGCCUUGGCCCACGCGUCUGGAGGAAGCCCCAGCCUACGCAAGUCACAUUGGCGGACGGUCACACGCACAAGUCAAUCGAUCGGUGCAUUGACAACGUCCCAGUGUACUUCGCCCCUCACGCAAGUGAGGCUGUGUCCUUUGACAUUUUGGACACCAAAUUUGACAUGAUCUUGGGCAUGUCAUGGCUGCGAAGCGAGGAUCACCCGGUGAACUUCUUCCACCGCACCGUUCACAUUCGUGAUCGGAACGGAGUACUGGUUCCAUGCACGGUGCCUCUUCCUCAUCCUUCGAUCAGCUGCCACGUGGUAUCCGCCGCAAGCAUGCGAGCUUCCAUCAUCAGAGACGACAUCGAGGAGAUGGGGGUGUGUUUUCUCCACGCCCUCACGCCCCAUGACGCUUCAUCGACGGACUCCCCUUCGGAUCCACGCAUCACCGAGCUUCUCGACGCCUACAGCGACGUGUUCAAAGGCCCACACGGAGUAGUACCGGAUCGACCCAUCCGCCACGAGAUCAUCCUCGAGGACGGGGCCGUACCUCCGCGCGGUUGCAUCUACCGAAUGAGCGAGGAAGAGUUAAGUGUGCUUCGGGCACAACUCGACGACCUUCUAGAGAAAGGCUGGAUUCGGCCUAGCUCAUCGCCAUAUGGUGCUCCUGUUCUCUUUGUCCGGAAGAAGAACAAGGACCUGCGGUUGUGCAUCGAUUAUCACAAGCUCAACGCGCAGACGAUCAGGAACGCCGACCCUCUCCCACGCAUCGACGACCUUCUCGAGCGAUUGGGCGGCGCCCAGUUCUUCUCUAAGCUGGAUCUCAAGUCAGGGUACCACCAACUCGAGAUUCGCGAGGAGGAUCGCUACAAGACCGCGUUCAAGACACGGUAUGGGCAUUUCGAAUGGCUGGUCAUGUCGUUUGGCCUUACGAAUGCCCCAACCACUUUCCAAGCGGCKAUGACAACGGAGUUCCGACAAAUGCUGGAUCGGUUUGUACUCAUCUACCUCGACGACAUCUUGGUGUAUAGUCGGAGUUUGGACGAGCAUGUGGAACACCUGUGCACCGUUUUGGAGCGGCUACGACAAGCCAAGUACAAAGCAAACCGCGACAAGUGCGAGUUCGCACAGCAGGAGCUGGAGUACUUGGGACACUAUGUGACACCGCAAGGCAUCCGUCCGCUUGCGGACAAGAUCGAGGCUAUCCGUGUAUGGCCCGAGGCCACCAACACCACGGACGUUCGUUCAUUCAUGGGGUUGGCGGGCUACUAUCAGCGAUUCAUCACCGGAUACUCCAGGAUUGCUGCACCUAUGACGAGGUUACAGUCGCCAAAGGUGCCAUUCAUAUUCGAUGACGACGCAUGCCGAUCAUUCCAAGCACUUAAGACAGCUAUGCUCAUGGCACCCGUCCUUAGCAUCUAUGACCCCACCCUGCCGACGCAAGUGACUACGGACGCUUCCGGCUAUGGCAUUGGGGCAGUCUUGGAACAGCACGACGGCGACGACUGGCACCCUGUGGAGUAUUUCAGCCACAAAGUGCCUCCCAUCAACUCGCUUGAUGAUGUAAGGAAGAAGGAGCUGCUCGCAUUCGUGAUGGCUCUCAAGCAUUGGCGGCACUUCCUCCUUGGGCGUCGUAGGUUCACAUGGGUCACAGACAACAAUCCAUUGACCUACUACAAGACGCAGGACACGUUCGCCUACAACACUUCGGUGCACCCGGCGAUCGGCGUGACUCCAUUCGAGUUGCACCAUGGUGGACGGAAAGGCCGUAUCAUCGCCGACCUUCUCCUCCCUCGACCAGCCGACAUUGACGCUGCUUGCUCUCCCGCUUCCGUCCGGAAGUACAGGGAAUUGCUGACUCAAGCCCGCGCAAAUAUGCAAAAGGCUCAAGUCCGCAUGCAGCAGCAAGCCAACAGGCGUCGCGUACCAUGUCCCAUCCGCGCCGGUGAUCUGGUUUGGGUCUCCGCGGAAGAGUUUGCAUUGGAACAGGAUGUUUCACACAAACUGCUUCCCAAGUGGUUUGGACCUUGGUCUGUGACAGUAGCCGCGGGCGAUGAGCUCGAUGACCCUUCAUUUGUGAUCAACAUUCCAGAGCAUCUGACGGUCCAUCCGGUCUUCCACGCCUCGAAGCAGGCAACAUACACGCCAACCAAGAGCGACGACUUUUCGGGCCGACGAUCGCAGGACCCUCCUUCUAUGGAUGGUCAUCAGGAAGUUGACCGCGUCAUCUCCGAUCGCAAGUACGGCAACAAGCCGCGGUAGUUCAAAGUCACAUUCAAAGCAUGCGAUCGCGACGACACUCGGUGGAUUUCAGGUGCAGAUUUGAAAGCAUCCGCACCGCUGAUCUACGCGC